ACAGUGAGUUGAGGGCUGCGCUCGCGUGUUCUGCCAAUGAUGUCGGCGGGCCGGGGACCUUUAGAGUUCCACGCCAAGCAGCCCUGGCGACCCAAAGCGGUGACAGAAGAUCCGGAGGAGGAAGACGAGGAGGAUAGCGAUGAGGCCAAGGAUGGAUUCUCUCUGGAAGAGGUGUUACGCCUCGGAGGCACCAAGCAAGAUUACCUUAUGCUGGCUACUUUGGAUGAAAAUGAGGAAGUGGUGGAUGGAGGUAAAAAAGGAACAAUUGACGAUCUUCAGCAAGGCGAAUUGGAGGCAUUUAUCCAAAAUCUUAACUUGGCCAAAUACGCAAAGUCUUUGAUUGAAGAGGAUGAACCAGAUGAAAAAGAAAAUGAUAGCAAAAAGGAAGCAAAAAUACAGAAGGUAGAAAAUAAAAAACAAAAGGCAGUAGAAAGUAAAAAUACAUCAGAAAAGAAGGUGAAAAAUCAGAGUGUACCAGAACAGCAUUCUGAUAGCAGUACUAUCCCUACACUCAAGAAAGAUAAACAGCCCAAUGUGUUUGAAUUUCUUGAGCGGCAGACGUUGUUACUGAAGCCUGGAGGCAAGUGGUACGACAUGGAGUACAGCAAUGACUGCUCUUCGGAGCCCCAGCCUCGCGAUGUGGUGGCGAAAUACAAAGCCCUGGCUCAGAAGCUGUAUGAGCACGAAGUCAGCUUAUUCAAAAAUAAGACAAGUAAUCAGAAGGGAGGCUCUUCCACCUGGAUGAAGGCAAUUGUGUCGUCAGGGACACUAGGUGACAGGAUGGCGGCCAUGAUCCUCCUGAUCCAGGAUGACGCUGUGCACACGCUCCAGUUUGUAGAGACCCUCCUGGGCCUCGUGAAGAAGAAGGGCAGCAAGCAGCAGAGCCUCCAGGCUCUGGAUACAUUCAAGGAGCUACUCAUUACAGACCUGCUGCCGGACAGUCGGAAGCUGCGGGCCUUCAGCCAGCAUCCUUUGCACAGACUGGAGGAGCUGUCCAGCGGCAACAAGGACUCGAGAGAUCGAAGGCUCAUCCUGUGGUAUUACGAACACCAGCUGAAGCAGCUAGUAGCGGAGUUCGUGCAGGUCCUAGAAACUCUAAGUCACGAUUCCCUGGUCACCACUCGGACCCGGGCCCUCGUGGCUGCUCACGAGCUGCUGUGCGAUAAGCCUGAGGAGGAGAAGGCUCUUCUGGUUCAGGUGGUAAACAAGCUGGGAGACCCUCAGAACAAGAUCGCCACGAAAGCGUCCCAUCUGUUAGAGGUGUUACUGCGGAAGCAUCCCAACAUGAAGGGGGUCGUGUGCGGAGAAAUAGAACGGCUGCUCUUUCGCUCCAAUAUCAGCGCCAAAGCUCAGUAUUAUGCGAUUUGCUUUUUAAACCAAAUGGUCCUCUCCCAUGAAGAAAGUGAGUUGGCUAACAAAUUGAUAACUCUUUAUUUUUGUUUCUUUCGGACUUGUAUCAAGAAGAAAGACAUUGAAUCAAAAAUGCUCAGUGCCAUUCUAACGGGAGUGAACAGGGCGUACCCUUAUUCCCAGACGGGUGACGACAGAGUGAGGGAGCAGGUGGACACUUUAUUCAAAGUGUUGCAUGUUGUAAAUUUCAGUACCAGUGUGCAGGCUUUAAUGCUGCUUUUCCAAGUCAUGAAUUCUCAGCAGACGCUAUCCGAUCGGUAUUAUACAGCAUUAUACAGAAAGAUGUUGGAUCCAGGGUUGACAACAUGUUCGAAGCAAGCGCUGUUUCUUAACCUCGUCUACAAAUCUCUGAAAGCGGACAUCGUAUUGCGCCGGGUGAAGGCGUUUGUGAAGCGAUUACUUCAGGUUACCUGCACUCAGAUGCCGCCGUUCAUCUGCGGGGCCCUGUAUCUUGUGUCGGAGAUCCUUAAAACAAAACCCGAUUUAAGAAGCCAACUGGAUGAUCAUCCGGAAUCUGAUGAAGAAAACUUUGUUGACGUGGGAGAUGACAGUGAUGUAGAAAAGUUCACUGACGCAGACAAAGAAACAGCAGUUGAUGCAGUGAAGGAAGUCGGAGCCGAAGACACAGGGACUGCGGGCAGCACAGAAGCCGAGAAACCCAAGACCGCUUCCUGGGUGCACUUUGACAACCUGAAGGGUAGCAAGCUGUUAAAGACGUAUGAUCCAUUCAGUAGAAAUCCUCUGUUCUGUGGAGCUGAAAACACAAGUCUUUGGGAGCUCAGAAAGUUAUCUGAGCAUUUCCACCCUUCUGUGGCCCUUUUUGCUAAGACUAUCCUUGAGGGAAAUUUUAUUCAGUACUCAGGGGACCCACUACAGGAUUUCACACUCAUGAGGUUCCUGGAUCGAUUCGUAUACCGAAACCCAAAGCUACACAAAGGCAAAGAAAAUACCGACAGUGUUGUGAUGCAGCCGAAAAGGAAGCAUUUUAUAAAGGACGUUCGUAAUCUUGCUGUGAAUAGUAAAGAGUUCCUUGCAAAAGAAGAAAGCCAGAUCCCAGUGGAUGAAGUGUUUUUCUACAGGUAUUAUAAGAAAGCUGCGGUUGUUAAAGAGAAACAGAAGCGCAGUGCAGAUGAAAACAGCAUAGAAGAUGUUGAUGAUGAAGAAUUUGAAGAGAUGAUUGACACAUUGGAAAACGAUAACUGCUUCACGCCUGGAAAGGACGAUAUUGAUUUUGCCAGCAAUAUGAAAAAAACAAAAGGAACUAAGGAGAACUUGGAAGAUUCCGAGAGUAGUGACGAUGAGGUUGGUGACCUGGAUGAUGAUGAAGUUUCCCUGGGAAGUAUGAAUGAUGAAGACUUUGAAAUUGAUGAAGAUGGAGGAACAUUCAUGGAUGUGUCAGAUGAUGAAAUUGAAGAAUUUGAUGAAGUCGACUCCAAAGCCAAUACUAAAAAAAGCAAGAGAAAGAAUGAAGAUAAUAUUGACUUUGCUGGGUCGUUUCAAGGAUCAAAGAAAAAGAAGAAAAGAUUCGAUGACUCCAGCCUGUUUGUCUCUGCUGAGGAGUUUGGACAUCUGUUGGAUGAAAACAUGGGAUCCAAGUUUGAUAAUAUUGGCAUGAAUGCCAUGGCUAACAAAGACAAUGCAAGCUUCAAACAGCUCAAGUGGGAAGCUGAGCGUGAUGACUGGCUGCACAACAGAGAUGUGAAAAGCAUCAUCAAGAAAAAGAAAAGUUUCAAAAGGAAGAUGAAAAUCCCUCAAAAGUCCAAAAGGCAAAGGAAAUGAGUGCUUUGGAGUGAAUAAUAAAUGAAGAUUCUACUCACCCUUAAUUCUUGCUAUCCAACCACUUUUCUUGAUCUUUCUCUCUCACUCCAUACAUUCCAGACUGUUCCAUGGAUUUGUAAUAAACUAUAGAAACAAA